UGGCAGUAUGUGUGGCCCGUAGAGCACAAGCUAUCAGACUUGUGCGGCAACUGUUUCUGAUGAGAGAGAGAGACAAUGAAGGAGAAUCCAGAGGAAGUGAGAGGAUGACUCUCUCACUCUCCUUUUAUUUCCCCCUCUUUCUCUUCACUUUCCUUUUAUUUGUCUCGUCAUGGAAUCUUCAUGCCUUUCUUCCAUUGUUCCUGCUCUUCCCUUGUUCACGUCUCCAAAUUCCCUUUCAAGAAAUCUCAAGGUAUUUCAAGUUCUUGUGUCGAAUUUGGCCAUAAAGAUUUGUUUUUUAUUCAUGGAGAAUUCAACAAAUUCUCGGUAUCUAUGAACUGGGGAUUCUUGCUGCUAUUGAGGCGUGAUUCUUGAAAAAAAAAAACCACGGGAAUGGGGAUAGUUGUGGAAGAAUUGAGAAAAGGGAAGAUGAAAUGUGGUGGUGGGAAAGAGGAUGAGAAACGGAUGGAAGAUCAUCAUCCUAUAUUUCCUAGGCUGCACAUAAGUGAUACAGAGAGAAGAGGGCGAAAAGCACCUCCAAGGAACAAAAUGGCUGCUCUUAGUGAAACACAACACCCUGCAAUGUCCUUGCCACCUAUCCCAAUGCUUCCUCUCCCUCUUCCUAAUUCCUCUGCUUUGAGCCAUGCUGGUUCUCCCUUUUACUAUCCACCUUCCUCAUCCCAUUCUUGCUCUAGUGUCAUUCAUUUUGCAAUGGGUGAACCAAGUUUUACAACACCGAGAAGUCUAGAGUUAGCACCACUAAAAUAUGAAAGUUUAAGUGACAAUAAAGGAGAUUUUCCAAGCACCUCUUGUCAUAGUUUAUCUGCUAUGAAGCUCGAAAAUGGUGGCAGGUUCAGUGCUCAAAAAUUCCCUCACACGGGGAAACACCCAAAAAGUGAAAAUAUUCAGAAAAUAUUGGAAAAAGAAAAAGAUACAUUUUCAAGCUCCAGUUUUUAUCAAAAAAAUCAUAAUAGUUCUGAAAAGGUAAUACAAAAAAGGAACCACCUAGGAAAAGAGAGAUACACUCUCGAAGAUGAAUAUGAUGAGGACUAUGAUGAAUAUGCGAAGAAUGCUAAGACUGAUAAGAAGAGAAGUGCUUCCAUGAUGGAAGGUCAUCAUAAAGAGAUUUCUCAUGCAGACAGAAAUGAGGAAAUUCCUUGCGCCUCAGCUAUAAAUUUGUCCCCUGAUGAUGUAGUAAAAAUUCUAGGACAUAAGCUAUUCUGGAAAGCUAGGAGGACCAUUAUGCAUCAGCAAAGGACCUUCUCACUACAAAUAUUUGAGCUGCAUAGGUUAAUAAAGGAAAGUGCUUUUCUUAGCGGAUGAGUUAUUAGAUAGUUUAUAUCCCCUACCCCGCUAUAGGCGGGAUCCUAUGCGGCACUAUGGUUCAGAAAAUGGUUUCACGUUCUCCAGAUAUCUUAUUCGAGGAUGACUUAUUUACCGGAAAAUCUCAUAUAAAAUCAUCGUUUAUCACAAAGAAACUACCACCCAACAAUGUUAAUGAACCGCCAACCCCAGUUGUAGAAAGGAAUUCAUAUUCUUCUCAAAAACCAAAAGGCAUUUUGGGUAUUGGAUUAGAGAGCUCGAGAGAGAAGAUGCCAGACUCAGGGACGCCAACAUUGACAUCUCCGGAUCAUGAUGCCAAAUGGUACUUCCAACCACCACAAGGAAACCAAUGGCUAGUUCCCGUAAGGUCUCCUUCUGAGGGACUGGUCUACAAACCGUAUUCAGGUCCUUGUCCCCCACCUGGAGGGAUCCUUGCCCCUCUUUAUGGUGGUUGUAGGCCAUUGAACCUGUCAUAUGGGAUCGGGCUUUUCUCUAGCCCGCCCGUUGGCCAGGCCUACUUUCAACCAUAUGCCUUGCCUGUGAUUAGCCCGUCCGUGCAUGACACUAAUUUGGGCAGGCCUUGUGAAAAGAAAGUAGUAUGUAACAAUGGGGCUCAGAGUAGGAUCUUGUCAAAUGGAGCACCGAGUUUGCAGACAGAUAGAGGGAGUGAUCUGCAAGGAAGUACUGCAAGUAGUCCUUCUGAGAGAGUGCUGCCGGACGCGCUCUCUCUUUUUCCCACCAAACCCACAGGUGAAGAAGAUUCAGACCAACCCAUCCUGAAUCAGGUUCGCGUGAUCAAAGUUGUGCCUCACAACCCCAACACGACAUCAGAAUCCGCUGCUCGGAUUUUAAAGUCUAUACAAGAAGAAAGGAAACAACAUUAACUCAAUGUUUAUACAUUCAUAUACGUGUGAUAUUUUUCAUCUAUCUUUUUAUUAUGUAUACACACAGGUACUCCUAAAUACACUAAAUGUACACUAGUUUUUCCUGACCAGAGUAGCAACAAAUGGUUGUAACUGUUGUAUUCAUAUCUCUUCAAUGCCCUUUUGAUCUCUUCUCC